UUUGAGUCUGUGUUAAAUAUAUGAAGUUUGCAUAAAUGCCUGGAGGUCUUAAAUGUUUUCUAAAGAGGCAGAAGAUCAGUCAGUGUGAUAAAGGAAAGGGAAACUUUCAUUCCUGGUGAACCCUCCGAGUAGGACACCAACAGGUGCAGGGGUAGCCUCAUAAAAAUGGCUGGGACAUGCUCACCCGGCCAUUUGAAGGAAUCCAAGUGAGAACUGCGUAAGUAGAAAAUUAGAAGUUCACCCAAGAAAGUCUCAUUUCUUGACUGCUUUGCUCUUUGGGAAAAGGAAAAGUCCACAGGGUCGUCCAACUUCCGCGACAAAGCAGAGCUUGGUAAAUUCCCAUCUGGAAAGAGGAGCCCCUUUGUGCUGUUAUCUGCCUGCAGAUCUCUUGGAUGUAAAAGGAGGUGAAAAAUGUCAUCAGAUAGGUAGGUAGAAGGCUUGUGAUCCCCACAAGAGACUCGAAGUGUUAGGGGAGAAAGCAAAACUAUCUAGGGAUAAAGCUCCUUUGGUUUGUGUGUCUCUAAUUGCAAUGCUUUUUAAAAAAAUUUAAUCCAUCUAUUAAGUAUGGAUAAACCCCAGAAUUCUGCCAUGCCUGGUCCUCGAAGCACCAAAUGCCUGACAUAGGAACAGCUGUGGUGUGAGUUAGUUGGUCUAAGCUUUUGGGCAGCUUCCAACUUCGCUAUUGCUCACGCCCCACAGGUCAAGGAAAGAAGUGACGUAAUGCACUUAGCUGGGCCACUUUAAUUACAAUGGAGAGGGGGGAGGGGUUACGGGCAGUGACAAAUUUAGCACAUGACUUGUCCUAGGGAUGCAGGAAACAAAAACAUCCACAGCCAUUGGCUGAGUCCACUUCCGACUACAGUAUCUUGCUCCAAGUCUGGAAUCUUGAAACACACAUUUCCUGGGAAGAGGGGUGGCGCUAGCUCACAGAGCGUCAACCAUAAACACUCACUGCACACACACACCUCCCCCUACGGAGGCUGGCAGCGUCCUCCCAGCUGGGAUGGGCGUGGGGCCGAGUGCUUGCCACAAGGUCCUCAGAAGGUCCCCCCAAAGCCAGCCGCAGCGGCAGAUCGCGACAGGCAGAGCCCACGGAGGACCCGCGCCCGUGAAAACUGUUGUCACCCGGGCUCGCUCCGAGUGAGCCGCGCUGUCGUCAUUCAUUCGCAGUGUCCGGAGCGUCCUUCCAGCGAGGAGCUGGGCUUUGCUGCGAGUGCAAGUGGCCCCGACGGGGAGUGUUAACGCGCGGUGAUCUCAAGGGCUCUGAGCGGCAAGAGACGGAGGUGGCCCGGAGCGUCGGUCGGCGCUGCGGGAGCAGCCGCGCCCCCGCCCCGCUCAGCCCUCCCCGCGGGGCCGGAGCUACUCGCGUAGCCCGCAGCCCUGCACGCCCCCGAGCCGGAUCCCCAGCCUGAGCCACAGCACUUCCUCCUCCUCCCGCUCCCCUCCUCCCGCCGCCGUGGGCUGUGGCCGCGCUGUUGAGCCAAGGGCCUGGGCUUCAGCGGCCGCGGGCUCGCGGGAGGCGGCGGCGCCGUGGAGAGGAUGCUGCUCGCGGUGCCCGCGUCCUCGCCGUCGUCCCGGGCCACCCGCGGGGGCUUUGUUGUGGUCCCGGCGCCGCGGGCCGCCCGCUGGUGAAGUCGCUUUCCGCCGCCGCACCCAGCGGGCGGGCGGGCGCGCGUGUGCCCGGGGGUGCGCGCCCGUGCGCGCCAGUGUGUGCAGGAGCCGACCCGCCGCCCCUUUGUGCGUCCGCCCGCGGUGCCGGGGAACAUGUGGGUGAACCCAGAAGAGGUGCUGCUGGCCAACGCACUGUGGGUCACCGAAAGGGCCAACCCCUACUUCAUCCUGCAGCGGAGGAAGGGGCACGCGGGCGACGGAGGCGGUGGCGGCGGACUGGUGGGCCUGCUGGUGGGUACCCUCGAUGUGGUGUUGGACUCCAGUGCCCGGGUCGCUCCUUAUCGAAUUCUCUACCAGACUCCGGACUCUUUGGUCUACUGGACCAUCGCCUGUGGUGGUUCCAGAAAAGAAAUCACUGAACACUGGGAAUGGCUUGAGCAGAAUCUAUUGCAGACACUCUCCAUCUUUGAAAAUGAGAACGAUAUCACCACGUUUGUGAGAGGAAAAAUACAGGGCGUCAUUGCAGAGUACAACAAAAUCAACGAUGUGAAAGAAGAUGAUGACACAGAGAAGUUUAAGGAAGCCAUUGCUAAGUUCCACAGGCUGUUUGGGAUGCCCGAGGAAGAGAAACUCGUCAACUAUUACUCUUGCAGCUACUGGAAGGGCAAGGUCCCCCGGCAGGGUUGGAUGUACCUCAGUAUUAAUCACCUUUGCUUUUAUUCUUUUCUUAUGGGAAGGGAAGCCAAGCUGGUAAUCCGGUGGGUGGACAUCACUCAGCUCGAGAAGAAUGCCACGCUGCUUCUGCCUGACGUGAUCAAAGUGAGCACACGGUCCAGCGAACAUUUCUUCUCCGUAUUUCUCAACAUCAACGAGACCUUCAAGCUAAUGGAGCAGCUGGCCAACAUAGCCAUGAGGCAGCUCCUGGACAAUGAGGGAUUUGAACAAGAUCGAUCCCUGCCCAAACUGAAGAAGAAGUCGCCUAAAAAAGUGUCUGCUCUGAAACGCGAUCUUGAUGCCAGGGCAAAGAGUGAGAGGUACCGCGCACUUUUCCGGCUGCCCAAAGAUGAAAAAUUAGACGGCCACACAGAUUGCACCCUCUGGACUCCAUUUAACAAAAUGCACAUUUUGGGGCAAAUGUUUGUGUCCACCAAUUACAUCUGCUUUACCAGCAAGGAAGAGAACUUGUGUAGCCUCAUUAUCCCACUCCGGGAGGUGACAAUUGUAGAAAAGGCAGACAGCUCCAGCGUACUCCCCAGUCCUUUAUCCAUCAGCACCAGGAACAGGAUGACCUUCCUGUUUGCCAAUUUGAAAGACAGAGACUUUCUAGUGCAGAGGAUCUCUGAUUUCCUGCAACAGACGACCUCCAAAAUAUACUCGGACAAAGAGUUUGCAGGGAGCUACAACAGUUCGGACGAUGAGGUGUAUUCUCGGCCCAGCAGCCUCGUUUCCUCCAGCCCCCAGAGAAGCACGAGCUCCGAUGCCGAAGGAGAGCGCCCGUUCAACCUCAAUGGCAACAGCGUCCCCACAGCCACGCAGACCCUGAUGACCAUGUACCGGCGGCGGUCUCCUGAGGAAUUCAACCCGAAAUUGGCCAAAGAGUUUUUGAAAGAGCAAGCCUGGAAGAUUCACUUUGCUGAGUACGGGCAAGGGAUCUGCAUGUACCGCACCGAAAAGACGCGGGAGCUUGUGUUGAAGGGUAUCCCGGAGAGCAUGCGGGGCGAGCUGUGGCUGCUGCUGUCAGGUGCCAUCAACGAGAAGGCCACGCACCCUGGGUACUACGAGGACCUGGUGGAGAAGUCCAUGGGGAAGUACAACCUCGCCACCGAGGAGAUCGAGAGGGACUUACACCGCUCCCUCCCGGAGCACCCAGCCUUCCAGAACGAGAUGGGCAUUGCCGCUCUGAGGAGAGUCUUGACAGCUUAUGCUUUUCGAAAUCCUAACAUCGGGUACUGCCAGGCCAUGAAUAUUGUCACCUCAGUGCUGCUGCUAUAUGCCAAGGAGGAGGAAGCUUUCUGGCUGCUGGUAGCUUUGUGUGAGCGCAUGCUUCCUGAUUACUACAACACCAGAGUUGUCGGUGCACUGGUGGACCAGGGUGUCUUCGAGGAGCUGGCACGAGACUACGUCCCACAGCUGUACGACUGCAUGCAGGACCUGGGCGUGAUUUCCACCAUCUCCCUGUCUUGGUUCCUCACACUCUUUCUCAGCGUGAUGCCCUUUGAGAGUGCAGUUGUGGUUGUUGACUGUUUCUUCUAUGAAGGAAUCAAGGUGAUAUUCCAGUUGGCGCUGGCUGUGCUAGACGCAAAUGUGGACAAACUGUUGAACUGCAAGGACGACGGGGAGGCCAUGACCGUUUUGGGAAGGUAUUUAGACAGCGUGACCAAUAAGGACAGCACCCUGCCUCCCAUUCCCCACCUGCACUCCCUGCUCAGCGAUGACGUGCAGCCGUACCCUGAGGUGGACAUCUUCAGACUCAUCAGAACUUCCUACGAGAAAUUUGGAACGAUCCGGGCAGAUCUGAUUGAGCAGAUGAGAUUCAAACAGAGACUGAAGGUGAUCCAGACACUGGAAGAUACUACGAAACGGAAUGUGGUACGAACCAUUGUGACAGAAACUUCCUUUACCAUUGAUGAGUUAGAGGAACUUUAUGCUCUGUUCAAGGCAGAGCAUCUAACCAGCUGCUACUGGGGCGGGAGCAGCAAUGCCCUGGACAGGCACGACCCCAGCCUGCCUUACCUCGAACAGUAUCGCAUUGACUUUGAGCAGUUCAAGGGGAUGUUUGCUCUUCUCUUUCCCUGGGCCUGUGGAACUCACUCUGACGUGCUGGCCUCCCGCUUAUUCCAGUUACUGGAUGAAAAUGGAGACUCUCUGAUUAACUUCCGAGAGUUUGUCUCUGGACUAAGUGCCGCAUGCCAUGGGGACCUCACAGAGAAGCUCAAACUCCUGUACAAAAUGCACGUCUUGCCUGAGCCAUCUUCUGAUCAAGAUGAGCCAGAUUCUGCCUUUGAAGCAACUCAGUACUUCUUUGAAGAUAUCACCCCAGAAUGCACACAUGUAGUUGGACUGGAUAGCAGAAGCAAGCACAGCUCAGAUGACGGCUUCGUUACCGUGAGUCUGAAGCCCGACAGAGGGAAGAGGGCAAAUUCUCAAGAAAACCGUAAUUAUCUGAGACUCUGGAAUCCAGAAAAUAGGUCAAAAUCAAAGAAUGCAAAGGAUUUACCCAAACUGAAUCAGGGGCAGUUUAUUGAGCUGUGUAAGACAAUGUAUAACAUGUUCAGCGAGGACCCCAACGAGCAGGAGCUGUACCACGCCACGGCCGCGGUGACCAGCCUCCUGCUGGAGAUCGGGGAAGUGGGCAAGCUGUUCGUCACGCAGCCUGCGAAGGACAGCGGCAGCGGGGGCAGCGGGCUGCCCUGCAACCGGGGCAUCCCGGGCGUGCUCUUCCCCAAGAAAGGGCCCGGCCAGCCGUACGGGGUGGAGUCCGCGGAGCCCCACCCGGCCAGCUUGGCGGGCGACAGCGAGGAACACUCCCUGGGGGGGCAGAUGGAGGACAUAAAGCUGGAGGACUCCUCCCCGCGGGACAACGGGGCCUGCUCCUCCAUGCUGAUCUCCGACGACGACACCAAGGACGACAGCUCCAUGUCGUCCUACUCGGUGCUGAGUGCCGGCUCCCACGAGGAGGACAAGCUGCAGUGCGAGGACAUCAGCGAGGACACCGUCCUGGUGCGCAGCGGCCAAGGCACCGCGUCGCUGCCUCGGAGCACCAGCCUCGACCGGGACUGGACCAUCACCUUCGAGCAGUUCCUGGCCUCGCUCCUCACGGAGCCCGCCCUGGUCAAGUACUUUGACAAGCCCGUGUGCAUGAUGGCCAGGAUCACCAGCGCGAAGAACAUCCGGAUGAUGGGCAAGGCCCUCCCCUCGGCCAGUGACUACGAGAUCUCCGCCAUGUCGGGCUGACAGCGCCCUCAAGGGGCUGGGGCAGGCGGCGGACGGGGGCUUUUUUAUGUUGUGUUGGGGUUUCUUUCUUUCUUUUAAAUUAAAUAUUUAUUAGUACCUGGCUUGAAGCCUAGUGUUUUCAUAAUAUAAUACAGUGAAAACUGCUGGAGAAAUAUUUCAAGACCUCGCUGAAGGUACAGUCCACUCUCUUGUUUGGGGACGGGAGGGUUUACCAGAAUACAGUUUAUUCAGUGAAUUCCAACAAAGAUGAACCUGUCCGUGAUAUGUGUGUAUUAUGACUUCUUGAUCUUGCUGUAUACAUGGUUUAAAAAAACAAACAAACAGAAAACAGUGCUGUUUUAAUGCCAAAUAAAGCAGCAGCCAUUUGUGUAUUUGGGCUUUUUAAACAAAAAUCAGAGCUGGAAGGAAAAGGAAAUGUUCUUAAAUGGAAUGGGUGUUGUCAGCUGGGGUAAAUCCUAGACCACUUUGGGGAGCAUUAAAAAUAUUUUUUAAGAUUUGAAAUAUAUUUCAUAAAAGUCCUUUAUUCAAAAAUCAUAUUCAACAGAUAUUCUCCUCUAAGGGGAAAGAAAACAUUUGAGAUUCUAAACAAUUAUGAAAGUGUGAUUUUUAUGUGAUGCCAGAAUAACACUUCUAUUUGGUCAAU